AGUCAGUUUCAAUGUCGGAACUUCCUUUAACUGUAACCGAGUCGGCGUGUACUUUAUGCCGUGUAGUGCAGUAUGAAGCUCAGCGUGAAGGUCUUUUUAAUCUGUGUUUCUUUUUUAAUUUUAAAUGAAAUUUCCGACAUUGAAGCUAAAAAAGAGGCUCAAACUCUGGGGGAAAGAGUACAAGAGCUAACAGACAUGUCAUCAAAAAGAACUAUAAUUCGUUUUACUGGUGAUAAAUUUCGUCAGUUUAUAAAGGCUACACCACGAAAUUAUUCAUUUGUUAUUAUGCUGACGGCUCUCUCACCUCAUCGUCAGUGUAUUGUGUGCAGGCAUGCAUAUGAUGAAUUUCAAUUAGUUGCCAAUUCUUGGCGUUACUCACAAAUUAACACUAACAAACUAUUCUUUGGAAUGGUUGAUUUUGAUGAAGGUCCAGAUGUUUUCAAUUCAUUGGGUAUUAACUCUGCACCAGUAUUUAUGCAUUUCCCAGAGAAGGGUAAACCCAAGAAAGGUGAUCAAAUGGAUAUCCAGAGAAUAGGCUUCCAAGCAGAAACCAUUGCCCGAUGGAUUGCUGAGAGAACAGAUAUUCAGAUAAGAGUGUUUCGACCUCCUAAUUAUUCUGGAACUAUAGCUCUUGUUAUACUGUUUGCAUUGAUUGGUGCACUGCUUUAUAUGAGACGUAACAAUCUAGAGUUUUUGUACAAUAAGACCUCUUGGGGGCUAGCUGCACUGUGCAUAGUGUUUGCAAUGACAUCAGGACAAAUGUGGAAUCAUAUCCGUGGACCUCCCUUUAUGCAUCGUUCUUCCCGUGGUAGUGUAGGUUAUAUUCAUGGAAGCAGUGGUGGCCAGUUUAUUAUUGAAACUUACAUAGUCAUGAUUUUAAAUGCUUCAAUUACUGUUGGUAUGAUACUGCUUCAUGAAGCUGCAGCCUCAAGGGGUGAUUCCAAAAAGCGAAAAAUCAUGGCUAUUAUUGGACUUGCCCUGGUUGCCAUAUUUUUUAGUCUAUUAUUAUCAGUAUUUAGAAUGAAAGCACAAGGCUAUCCUUACAGUUUUCUUAUCAAGUAAUAUGGUUAUGAGAAGAGCAGGUCUUAAAUAUUUUUAUGAAUGUGAUGCAAGAUGUGUAAUUACCAUUUCUGAAGAAGCACUAAUGACUGAACAAAUGAAAGGGAAAUCCUAACAUGCCUUAUACUAUGUGAAUAGCAUUUGUUGGUUACAUUUUUUAUGUAAUUAAAAGUUAUUUAUACAUAGCAUGCGUUUAGAAAUGUAUCUUUUGAAAAUAGUCAUACAUUGUGUAUGACAUAUAACUGUUUAAUUAAUAAAAUCUAUGUUUUUGUACAGAUAUUCAUAAAUAUUCUUAUUUUAUGUAUAGAAUGGAUAAAAUUUAUGUAAAAUUGACCUACCACUGUAUCAGAAAAUUAUUUUAUUAAACAUUAAUAUAACAAAUAAAAAUGAAAUUUACAUACUGCACUGUUUUUUUAUAUUCGUGUAUCUAAAGAAAUGAUUAUUUCUGAAAACAACCCCAUCCUGUGGUACAGGCAUAACUCAAGAUAUUGCAGGUUUUAUUCUCUGCAGUAAGUGAAUAUUGCAAGUUUCAUUUGCCAGAAAAAAAAAAAAAAAA